UGAAGGAAGACGUUCGGAACUCGCUGUUUAUAAAUGAAUAUAAGACUCAUUUUGCCGAAUGUUACGUUUUGCUGUAGAACUAUAAGGCUUCUCAUUGUUCAGGUUCGUUGGCCAAUUAGUGGGUAUAAGACUCGCGAAACGAGGAACCAGUAGGAGGGUUCGGAAACCAUAAUUUUCACGAAUCCAAGAUGGCGACGAAGAUUAAGUGGCUGUGGAAGAAGACUGCGAUUGAGUCCUUUUACGAACCUUUCGGCACCUGUUACGAGCUCACCUUAGUCACGCGGAAGCCCUUGCUGGAGGAGCAGUUCCGUUGCGCUCUCUCUCAUUUCUAUAGGAAAGUGCCCAACGUGAGGGCAUGUUUCGCUGAGCGAGACGGAGAGAUGUGGCUCCGGGAGAUGCCUCAGGAGAAAGUCGACUUCGAAUUACUUCCAGAAGACAGAUCGGACGAAGACAUACACUCCAGACUACAAAAUUACGACUUCAAUAAGCAGACAGGGCCUCUGUGGUGCGUGAAGCUCAGACCAGAACCAGACUCGUCCCCAGAUGGCGUGUUCAGGGAAGGUGUUCAGGGAUAUCCUCACAUGUAUUCGAUGUACCUGGGCAUUAAUCACGCAAUCACUGACGGCACUUCGAACUCCACCAUGUGCGGCUUCAUCGUCCAGCUCCUCGACGAUGUUUUGGCUGGGAAAGAAAUCAAUGACGAGGAACAGCUCGGGACUUACAUACCGGAUGAAAAGACGCAAAGGGCUCUGCGCGAACAAGAGGCUCUCGUGAACGGCGAUCCCGAACUACAGAGUAAAUUGACAAGAGAAUAUCAGGGUCUCCUAGAACGGCACUCACUUGUCAAGACGCUCUUUAAGGGAGUGGGAGAGGAAAAGGCAAGGACAUUAUACGUGACGCGGGAUUUAGAUGAGAAGGAUAGUGCUGCCCUUUUCAAGCGGUGUCGUGCGGAGGGCAUCACAGUCAAUUCUGCUUUUACAGCCAUUGGUAACUUCGCGAUGGUGGAUCUCCUGGCGAAAGGCGGCCUCGAGCAGGACACGUACAGCAUUCGCUGUGAUCACGUUGUCAACGGCCGCCGCUACUGGAAAUCCGAUCCUUCUACGUACCUUGGCUGCCAUAUCUUGCCGCUGUUGCCUACGGUCUUCGAAACGCCGCGAAACUUCAACGCAGACUUUUGGAAUUACGCAAAGUCCAUAAACGAGGAAACCCAGAGGAAACUCAAAAGUGCGACAGUACUCCAGAUGGAGAGAAUAAAAACCCUUGUUCCGAAGCCUCCCGAUUUCGACCCCACUUUCGAGUUCGAGUACUGCAUCACCAACAUGGGAGACUUGACGAAAAACGUGACAGAGGGCGGCGACCACGUGCAAGUAGUGAAUGUUAACAGGACUGCAUCACUGGACAAAGUCCCUUUUAUAUGGGCGAAUUUUUUGCACAGCUUCCGUGGGCGUUUCAUCAACACUCUCGCGUACAAUACUUUGUAUGUUGAUACAGAGAUAGUUGAAUUCUUUUUCGAGAAGUCAUUCCACUAUCUCCAUGCAUCAUUAAAACUGUAAAGUUAACUUGAUUCACCAAACAAAUUUAAUGAGAAAGAUCACUGGAUUUUAAUAAUAACUUUUCAUUCAAAAGACAGAGAAAUAUUUCGUUGUUCCUUGUUUGAAAGAAAAAAAAAACUCGCUUCGCAAUAACAUUAUGUUAACCCUCAGGCUUUGCAUUUGAUUUUGUAUACUAAUAAUUAAGAUAUGAAAACAAUUAAUUAUUAUUUGUAUGGGACAACUCAUAUGUACUUUUCUUCUUUUUUCUUUUUACUUUCUCCUUUCAAAUGGUUUGUCGCGUGAAUAUGGGAUCAUAAUGAAAUUGUGAUAAAUAUAGGUAGUGUGAAGAAAACAUAAGUGAAAGUAUUGUGGAGUAAAGACUUCUACUACUGCAUGUGUAGUUUCAGAUGUUUAGUGUAAGCCAAUUUGUAUUUGGAAUUUUGAUGUCUAUUUAUUUUUUUUUAAAGCAUGUAUGCUAGUAGUUUUAUGGGCUACAUUUAUACCACUUUAUCUAAUAAAAAACAGUUUUA